GCCGAAAUUGGGCCGCAAUGUCCCGGCUGCCCCGCCCGGGAGGCAAGCUGCACCCAUCGGACUCAAAGAAAAACAAGGGGGGUGGAGGCAGCGGCUCUGCACCGGGUAGAUGGGUCGACGGCGGCAAUGUUGCCGACACUUGCCGCAUCCCUCCAUACGACUCGACCAAAGACAAACAUGUCGGCUUGGCCCCAAAAAUUUCGCCAACGAAAACAAGUCCAUCCAAGAAGGGCGCACGACCAACUACCUCUAUCACAACGCAACCCGUGCAUCAGGCAUCCGAUACGUCCAUCAUCAAAGCUCCAGCCCAUCGAGGGAACAUCACGUUCGAGUCGGACGUGCCUGGCAACGGCGGCAUGGAGCUCGACGUGCUCAAGGCGAUCAUUCUCCGGGAAGACUACUUGUCGCGACUGGCCGACAUGUCCAAGAGUGCGUCGCAGUACACGCUCGUCGGGUCCAUGGCAAACACAUUGGAUCUCAUUCGGUUGACGACUGUCGAGGUGGUUGAAACGAUCGCAACAUGGCGAAAGCAGCAACCCAAGCACAUGCCGUUCAAGUGGAACGGGAUCAAUUAUCUCUUAAAAGUCCCGUCCGACCUCGACUUCAUGCAAGAGUGCGACGUCAUGGUGCGGUGGCUCGGUUUUUCGUUCGAGAGGAACCCGUUUGUCAUGCCGGACAGUUUGGACAGUCGCAGCCAAGUGUUCGAACCCGGUCGAGCGGCGACCCCCACAACGACGUCAAUGGAUGAUCCAUUUCUUCCUGUCGGCGGACUGCCUGUUGCUGCUUCCCCCAUGUCGCCCACGACCGCUGCCGGGCGAUCCAAGGGGAAAACGGCAUACGAGACGCGCAUCCUAAACGACGACGACUUGCUGCCGCGACCAAAACCUGCCACCCUUCAAGGAACCGCACCCUCUGCCUCAUUGAAAGCCAAACCCACCGUGGUCUUGCCGUCGCAAGUUGGCGACUUGGACGUCCUUAGGAUUCGCGAAGCGGAAAAACUUCUGUUGGAAGAAGAAGCUCUCUUUGGACGAUACAAGCGCGACCUGUAUGGCCGGUUGGUGCCUGAGGCGGUCGCGCUGCAACAAGCCAAGACCUCCAGUAUCUAUCAGAAUCACACGCGCACGUCCCUGGAAGGCCCGCCAUCGAGCACAGCGAUCAACCCGCUUUCAUCAUUGGCAGCGUCUCCACUUUCGGCACCCGCAACGCAUGCGAUCGUACCAUCCAAAGGCAACGAAAAGUUGACCGGCUCGAUCAAACAAGCAGGCAUGCUCGCACCCCCGACAAAGUUCAACAUGCAGGGACGGAUCCGACCGCCCAUGAAGCGUUCGCGCGGGGCGAAGAUGGAGGAAGAGCUGGAAAAAACCAUCGCCGCCAACAAAGUGCUUGAGUAUCAUAUUGCUGUCCUUCGCGACGCCAUUGCAACCCACCAAGCUGCAUCACGUGACGGAAUGUCGCCACAGCACCGGUCUUCGUCGACUCUCGCCACGGAUGCGCCGACACUGGCCAUGUUGCAACGGGAUCUGGACGCUCAAAUUGAAGAAUACGAGCGAAAGAAGCGGGAAAUUGUACGCAAGCAGGAGGCCAUGGAGGCAUUCAAGCACGCGCAGAAAUCGGCCGUCGAGAACGCCCGCCUCGCGGAACUGCUCCGAAAACAGCAAAUGGACGAAGCGCAGAUCCUUGCGGAAAAGGUCAAAUUGGUUCAAAUCUACAAGGCGACGCACAUCCAAAAGAUCGUCCGCGGCAUUCUCGCGAGAAAAGAGUACAAGACCAUUCGCAUCAAGUACACGAUUGCCAGCACGUACAUCGAAGCUGCCGUCCGGGGCUUCUUGGCCCGCCGGCGCGUGUUCAAACUGUUUCAUCGGCGGAAGGCUGCGAUCAAAAUUCAAACCAUCGCACGGGGCAUGUUUGCAAGGAACGCCACCUGCCUCGAACGCAUGGCGCAGAAGCAGCGCAAAGCGUCCGUCGUGAUUCAAAAGACGUACCGCGGCCGGCUCGGUCGCCACCGCAUGCGGCACUUUCGAUCGCUGCACAGUGCCAAGUUACGACUGAUCUACUUGACCGAGCAUUUGUGCACGGACGAACUGGUCGAGAUGGGGCGACUGUUGUGUGCAUACUCGAAACACCCCGAGAGCAAAUACACCGUCAAGCCGUCCCAUGUUGUACUUGGCCUGGUCCGCAUCCUGAUGAGCGCUUGUUUCAGCUGUCUGUCGCCCAAGGAUAAACUUCGUCUCGAACAACCAAUCCAUGAAGUGCGGUGGAUGGAAGCGGGGCAGUUCCUCCGGCGUGCGUCAGCGCUGCUGCGAAAGUUGCACACCAUGGCGGCAAGUGCCGGUCGCGUGAUGCUGCCGCUAUCGUCGGAAACCCUCGCCUUGAUUCAAGCAUACCGUCAUGACAAGGACUUUUCUCUUGCCCAUUUUGCGACACAAGGAGCGCUGGCCAAGACGUCGUCGACGCUGUGUCAAUGGAUCCAGGCAAUGGCCACGAUCAGCGACGUGCAGCACGUGUUCCUCGAGCCGACUCCAGCAUUGGAGCUGAAUCUAGACGAUCACGCGGACGAAGAUCGUGCCGAGUUGAAAGCGUGCGAACUGGAGGACCACCACAGCCAGAGGCAAUUCGUCCCGCUGUCGCUGAUCCAGGACUGCCCCAAACGUCCACGACCUCUCUUGAUCAUUCUCUCCCGCGAUAUUCCAGGCCAUGCCAAGCACCUCUUGGUGCAAAACAUGAUGAUGACGUUCCCAGGGCUCUUUCUUCAUAUUUCUUCGCUGUCGUCCAUCGAUAUCCAGACGAUUCAGCAAACCUUUGAUGCGGGCUACAGCGUCCUGUACGACGCCGACAUUGGCCUGAGCGUUGGACAACAGCGAAAGUUCCUCGGACAAAUCUCGAUCGUUGCCAAAGCCCUGCGACCGAGCCCGUUGAAUAUACUCGUUCAAGGCGAUCUGGGCAAUCGAGCUGGCCAAGGCGACGUCAACGUCCAUGGUGUGGCCGAGACGGACUUGCAUCAACUCGCCGACAAAGACGCCAAGUACCAUGCUCAGGUGGCCGCCGAUGGCCUCGACGCACUAACAAACGGUCGCAUGUUUGUCGAAAUGAUGCGAACGAGCCUUGACGACCGGCCAAACUUCGGCCUUGUCUUUGUAAUGGAGGCGAUCCUGAUCUUGCUCACACCAACCCAGCGCUAUCACUCGCCGGACCUCACGACAUCGACGGUCACGUGGCGGCUGAGUCGACGCCUCCUGGCAACCCCAGACUUGUUUGCGGCCAAGUUGACUGCAGUCGACAUGACCUGCCUCCCCAUCGACAACGUUAUGGUGCUGAAAGCGUAUAUUGAGCAUGCAUCGUGGCCAACGGCGAACACGAGCCAUGGCAGCCUCAUGCAUCGCCUCGCGCAGUUCACGCACGCGAUGGUGCAAUUUGCGCUUCACAUUCACGCGAACGGUGGAUGUGCCAAGAGGAUUUGCCGCGCCAAGCCGAUACCAGGCUUGUUUAGCAGUGUCAUCACGGUGACUGACCCAUCGCCAGACGAUCCUUCCUACAAAACGAUUUUUGCCAAACUUGCCUGUGCGAUCCUCGACGACGUCCGCGUGUAUCGAGAGUCCAAGAAGAUCGGAGAUCGGCUGUACAUUCUCACGCUCUAUCGCGACUGCCACCGCGUGUAUGUGAGUUGCUACGACCCCGCCACGUCAAUGUUGUGGAAAGUCGACGUACCUGAAGCCGACAUGAACACGUUGCUUGCCCCCAACUCGAUCGAAGUCCUUCAGCAAAAGAAGCCUCCUCGGAAUCCAAAGGAACUGUACAAGAGCAUUGUCGGGUAUUGCCGUUUGUCCAAGCCCCGAGGGCGCGACCCGUCCGUCCAGCUCGAGCUGCGGCCUCGCGCGAUGCGGCUGUGUCGCCUGGCCCGAAAGAUCCACGGACACUUUGCAACUAUCACAGUGUCCGAGGUGGCGAUGGGCCACUUACGCCUCGACAUCCACAUUCACGACUCGUUCAGCUCGAAAACCGUGUCGUGGACGGUGCAUGUCGACGACGACGAGCUUCAAAAGCUGAAACUAAACGCGACAGACCCGAUCGAAUCGACGGCGUACAACGACUUGGAUGUCCAGACGAUGUAUCGGUACGUGUUGGACCGUGUUCACAUCGAGCACCGACGCAUGACGCUGCCGCGCACCCACCACUUCAUCACAAAGCCUGCUCCAUCCACCCUCGCCGAGUCGCCCGCCGAGUUACGCGUUCGAGUACGGCAGCAUGGCGGGUCAGGGAGGCUCCUGCGCCGCCAAGUCGUGUUUACCCCGCAGACAAAAGUGAAAUGGGUGCUGAGUGUGUUUGUACUCACGUGGACGGGGGCUAUACGAUUGGAAGCAUACCGCCCGGACAACAGCUCGUCCAUGAACCUGGGCAUUUCCCAUCGAGAACGGCGGGAGUUGCUGUUGGCCGAGCCGACGAAACGACUCAAGCGACGGCCGCUGCAUUGGGUGCAAGCGUUGCUCGACCGAGUCGUGGUGUCGACGUCCAACAUGUCCCUUGACAGGACGCUCGACUGUGUUGUUUUGCAGCUCUCUUACUAUCCGCCCAUAUACUCGGAGGCCGUACCCAAGUCCGAACGGUCUGUCCGAGCCAUCUGCCACGUGGACUUGGCAGUGAUGCCGCAUGACAACUACGGUCUCCACGUGAUGGUGUACCUUCCUUGCGUGAGCCACACACACUUGAUCGUGUUGAGUGACGCCGAAGUCCAAGCCAUCGUCGAGUCCCCGUGGCCUUGCACCGACUCCGUUGCUGGCCGGCGGCGCGCCAUUCGCGCGAUUUUCCAGCUUUGCACAUACGAUACGAACGAGCGCCUGGUGCGGCUAGAAGCCCCCGGAUGCUUUGUCAAGUAUGCUACGAUGGUCGCGCCUCCCGUCAUGUCCCUCGACUCAACAUCAGCCCAACCUGCUACACCGCAACGCAUCGACGACACUCCUGUCAACCGGCCGUUGUCACCUGCGGACGUCAACUUGCUCGCGAAUACAGUGCGCAUGCUAGACGAAGGCUCGGACAACCUCGUGUACGUCUACGAUGUUGCCCAAACUUUGCACACAGGAACGUACCGGUGCAAUGGCACUUUGUUGUCGGCGACACUCACUAUGAUGCCGAUCUUGAAACCCGUGGUCGAACCCAACAAACCAGGGUUGCCGGAUGUCCACACGUCGGUGAAUUCGUUCGUUUUGUCGCUCCGGAUUUACAACCCCGAGAUGAGCCAGCAUUGCGACGUUACCAUUGACGGCAUGCAAGAUUUGCGCGAGGUGACUGGGCCAGACGAAGCACACCUGAUCGGAUCCAAGACGGUGCUCCCGUGGCUACACCACGUCAUGACGUCGCGGCUGGAUCGGACGAUCCAUCCCGACGGAACAUUCACUGUCGUGCUGGUGCGGUCGCGCAUGUACUCGGAAUACAAAGCGACGCCAGUCUAUUCCACCAUGGACGAGGACGUGCUGCACAACAAGCACUUGCUCAUCGACGACGUGGACAAGCGCGGCGUAAAGAUCACGUCCAAGGCCAAGCACAUUCGUGGCCAUGCGGUGAUCUGUUCAGCGUUCGAUAUCACGCUACGUCCACCAGCCGAUGGAUCCAGCGCUGCCUUCGAUCGUGCGCUUCACGUCCACGUCCGCAUUGACGGGUAUAUUGCGACCACGAGCCAGAAUCUGUCUGUGUGGGUGCAAGGGGCAGUCUUGAUGGAAGCCGUGGGGUCGCACGUGGCCUUGCUAGAGCUGGGCAACGAACGAGCGUUGGCCGAGCAUUUAUUCGACUUGCUGGACUUGGAAGUAUCGACGGCGGACGGCCACCCUUCAACGAUAUGCCGUUUGUUUAUCAAGGAAACCAUUGUCCAUUUGCCCAAGACAGACGGCACAGACGACGGGAUUGCCGCCAACGUCGAGUCGACAACGGCCACCUCCUCCGCACCUUCCCCUUGCUUGUACAAGACGUUUUGCGCCGUGUCGGGGGAGAAAGUUCUCGUGUCGGUGCUGGACACUUCGCACACGACCCCUGCUGUGCCUCUACGCGUGAUGCUGUACCAGCCAUCAUCGAGCUUGACGACGCACGUGGACGUCCCCAGCGACUUUAUCGAAAAGGUCGUGCCGUCUGCACGAGCUUCGUGGACUUCCAAAGCUCAAGUACACGCGGCGCUGCGGCAAUUGCUGUCGUACCUCAGCGUGACGCGAGUCGAAGACGAAUGUGGCACGACCUUGUCUGUCGGGUGGAAAGAUCACGACAGCCAAAGCGCUGCCCACACUACGUCCUAAGCAAGAGCGGUCUGGCGGUUGCCACGUUGUAGACUUCCGCCUCUGUUCAUGAAUAGCUUGUCUGCACGUAAUUCAAGCGCAUGGCGGAUACGACUUAACUCCAUCGUCGAAAAGACUCCUCCGUCGUUGGAGAGCUCCGCCUCGAAAAUUCUCGGCCCACGGUAAUGUGUGUGCUGCCAGAGAGACGCAUGGUCAACACGUUCGCUUUG